AUGUCUAAAUGUGAUUUCGUUUCGUGCAAUGCUGAGGAUGCAUUAGAACCAAUAGCUAUAAUUGGCAUUUCGUGUACGUUUGCUGGUGGUAUCAAUUCUCCACAAUCAUUUUGGGAUGUUCUGGUUAAUAGCGUCGAUGUUGGAAGCGAAAUACCGAAAGAGAGAGUCACAGAUAUUGAAGCCUAUGCGUCACCCUUACUAAUCAAAAAUCCAUUGAUUAAAAAAGACUUGAUACGUCGUGGAUAUUUUAUAGCCCAUGAUAUGUUAGACACAUUUGAUCCAUCUUUCUUUGGCAUCAGUGAAGGUGAAGCGGCCGCUGUUGAUCCAGGUCAUCGUCUCUUGCUCUCAAAAUUCGUUCAUCUCAUGGAGGACGCGGGUAUUCCCAUAGAACAAAUUAAGAGUAGUCAAACAGCCGUUUACAUUGGCCAGUUUUCAACUGACCAUCAAGUAAGCAUGUUUAAACACAGUAUUGAUACUUUAAAUCGGACAAUGCAGCCAAACGUGGGCGUUUAUAAUGCUGCUUCACGCCUUUCUUACCAUUUUGAUCUUCAUGGACCCUGUAUUGCAAUGGAUACGGCUUGUUCAUCUUCACUUCAAACUGUUCAUCUUGGAAUUCAAACACUGAGAAAUGGUGAAGCAACGCUGGUGGUUGCCGGUGGAACAAAUUUAAAUUACAGACCCGAAACGUUUUGUGCGGCUUCAAUUUCUACUGUGGUCUCUUCAGAUGGCAGAUCGCGUUCAUUUUCCGCAGAUGCUAAUGGUUAUGCGAAAGGUGAAGGAGUUGGUUUGGUGUUACUUAAGAAAUUAAGUGAUGCUGAGCGUGAUGGUAACCGAAUUUAUUGUGUAAUUCGUGAUGUAAUAUCUAAUCAUGAUGGAAAUAACCAGAAAAAUAGUUAUGUUGUUCCAUCGCCUUAUGGGCAAAAUUUACUACUCAAUGAAAUCUAUUCUCGUAAGCAUACAGAUAGAAAAGACAUCUUCUAUAUCGAAGCUCAUGGAACAGGUACGAGUGUUGGUGAUCCGAUUGAAGCGAAUGCACUUGGAAAAUUCUUUAAUCGAUCACAAUAUGAUCCGCCACUUCUCAUCGGCUCUGUUAAAAGUAAUAUUGGUCACACAGAAGGAACUGCGGGUGUUGCUGCCCUGAUCAAAGUUUGUCUUUGUAUGAAAAAUCGACUAAUUCCGCCUAAUAUGAAUUUCACAAAAAUGAAUCCAAAAAUUCGAGCCAAAGACUACAAUUUACAUGUCGUCACUCAAUGUGUGCCAUUUCCAAAGACGGCUGUUACCCUCGGAAUAAAUUCAUUUGGUAUUGGAGGUAAUAAUGCACAUGCAGUCGUGACAGAAUACGUCAAGGCUCAUCACUAUGGUCCUAAUCAAAAUGAUAACACCAUAAGUAAACAAGAUUAUAUCAUCUCCUUCUCAACAAAAAGCAAUGUAUCAAUGAAAAAAUGUAUAGAAACGUUUUUUGCUUGGUUUCUAAAAUUGCCUAAAGAAUUAGUUGAAACACAAUCGUUUCUUGCACAGUUAUGUUUUAAACUAUUAUUUGAGCGCACAAUGACCUUUUCUCACUGCACAUCAUUUGUAUUUGCAAAUAGUAAUCAGUUGAAAAAUCAACUCACGUCAUAUAUGGCCGAUGAAACUUGUUUGGGUAUAAUAGAAACAACUGAGCCAUCAUCAUUAGUAUCCACAAAUCAAAAGGCUAAUAUUUGUUUUGUAUUCAGUGGCCAGGGCCCACAGUGGUGGGCAAUGGGUCGAGAAUUGUAUAAUUCUGAGCCAGUAUUUCGUCAAUCGAUUGAUCGGAUCGAUGGUGAACUGUCAGCUAUAAACAAAGAUUGGUCUCUCAAAAAAGAAUUGAUUGACACGACGGACGAUCAAAGCUCUAGAAUCAACGAUACGAACAUUGCACAGCCAGCGCUGUUUGCCGUGCAAGUAGGACUAGCUGCAUUGUGGGUGUCCUGGGGUGUUUAUCCACGAGUAAUCAUCGGACAUUCGGCUGGUGAGAUCGCCGCCGCUUAUGUCGGAGGCCGGCUAACAUUAAAAGAAGCUGUUCAAAUCGCCUAUCAUCGUGCACGUUUACAACAUCGUAAUACACGACAAAAGGGAAGAAUGUUAGCCGCCUCAUUGAGUGAGACGGAAGCACGGCAGUUGUUAGAUGGUAUUGAGGAUCGAGUGGCAGUAGCAGCCAUCAAUAGUCAACAGUCAGUAACGUUGAGUGGUGAUAGCGAUGCAAUUGAAGAAAUCCACAGUGUUCUUACAACAUUGAAGCCAAACGUGUUCAAAAAAUGGUUACAAAUAGAAAAUGCAUUUCAUAGCCAACAAAUGGAAAGGUUUGAUAUUCAAAAAGAUCUUCUGGCUUCGCUUGCUAAUAUUAAAGGAUGUCCAAUACAGUCAUCGGAUGUAUUUGACAUGACUUGUUCAAGAGCCACUAUUUAUUCAACUGUAACAGGCUGUUGUAUUGAUGAUGGUAAAUGCGCAUUCAAUGGUGAUUAUUGGUGGCAGAAUGUACGACAUGCGGUUGAAUUUAAUAAGACGAUUCGAGCAAUGAUGAAUGAUUUCAAAUCGGACCAAAUUCGAAUAUUUUUGGAAAUGUCACCUCAUCCAGUGCUAGCUUCGUCCCUUCAAGAAUGUUUUCAAUCGUUGCCUGUUCAACAACAGCCAUUGAUCCUACAUUCAUUGAAACGUAAAGAAAAUGAGCAACAAACACUACUAACGUCUCUGUGUCAUCUACUUCCAAAUUCAAUAGAUCUAAAAAAGUUUUGGCGCACACGUCUGUAUUCAAAACAAAACGGUCAGCUAUCAAUUUCGUCAAAACUCGACGAGCUGCCUCUGUAUUCAUUCGAGACCCAUACAUGCUGGUUAGAAACUGAAGAAUCGACACUAAAUAGAAAAAUAACGCAAAAACAGCAUCAUCCAUUGCUUGGAGUCUAUUCGUGGAAUAAUCAACAGCCAACAUGGAACAAUGUUUUGAAUCUGGAUUUUUCUCAACAUUCAUAUCUUCGUGAUCACAAAGUCCAAGGAAACAUUCUGUUUCCAGCUACAGGUUUCAUUGAAGUGGCAAUAGCUGCUGUUAGAGAACUUUUAUCUAAUUUAUCAAAGACAAACAAGACUAAUUCUACAAUUACAUUUGAAAAUAUUCAGAUAACAAGUGCCUUGAUUCUAAAAACGGAUGAAUUGAACGAAAUACAUACGGUUAUUAGAAUGCCAUUUAAAGAUUUUUUUAUCUAUAGCAGACAUAGAAAUUUUACAAGCACCGAUGGUAAGACUGCAACUGAUACUAAUUUAUACGAUUAUUCAUCAAAAAAUUGGAUAUUACACUGUUCGGGUUCGAUUAAUAUAAAAGCUGAUGUGUUAUUGUCGACAUCUUAUUAUAAUAUUCCAUUGAUUGAACAAGAUAUAUCGAACAAUUGUGAAUGGACAAUAACUAGUGAUGAAGAAAUCAUUAAUUUAUAUAAAUGUUUUACUAAUCAUGACUAUCAAUAUGGACCAUGUUUUCAAAAUAUCAAAUCAAUUUCUGCGACAAAAUCACAAAUAUUGGCAUCAGUUGUCAUGUCAGAACAGCCAGAUUAUGAGAAAUAUUAUUUACAUCCAUCAUUAAUGGAUUCUUGUUUACAAAGUUCGUUGAUUAGUUUAUCCAACAACGAUACUUUUGUACCCGUUUCAAUACAACGACUUGUUGUGUGUGAUAAAAAUGUUCUUGAUCGGCAGUGUUUUGCAUAUACCACUUUCCAUUUACCUAUUCGUGGAGUAACAACUGAAGAAACGUACACAGCUGAUAUGCUCAUUUACGAUAAAAAAUCUGGAUCAAAGCCCGAAAUCAUUGCCAUAUUUGACGGUAUUAAAAUACAACAAAUUCCACCAAGGGAUACGAACAAGGAUCGUUCAAAAUCAAUAUUCGAAAAAUUACACGAAACGGUUUCUGUUUCAAUACAAGCAACCGAUAAUGUUGAUCUUGAAAUACUGAUGGACGACUAUUGUCUGAAACCAUGUUGGGAACGCUCGGAUCUUUUAUACAACAGCACUGACAUAUUGCCCCCGUCAGAUACCCUGCUAAAAAGCAUUUGUACGCUAAUAGAGGACGGUUUUUCCGAGAGCGAUAAAGAAAUGACAGCAAAUUCAAUUGAUUCUGUAAAUACUUUUGUAGCUCAAUACGUAUUACUUAUGGUAAAAAAUCUAUUAAAGUUAAAUAUGGUCAAGACUCUUAGCAAACAGUCGUUGGAAUCACUCAUUGUUGGAAAGUACCACAAAUUACUCGACUCUUGCAUGAAUCUAAUUCAGAGUAAAGGUUACAUCGAUGACCAAUACAAUUUUUUAAGUGAUUCAACAAUAGUAACCAAACAUACAAUCGAUAUGUAUCAUUUACAACUUUUAAAACAAUAUCCAUUAUCAAGUCCCAUUAUAUCUUUAGUUUCUGUUUGCGGAUCAAAUCUCGCCGAUAUAUUAACUGGUAAAUUAGACGCAUUACAAGUGGUAUUCGCGCAAGAAAAUGAACAUUUAUUAAAACAAUUUUAUUCAAUAACAUCAGACACAAAUACAAGUUUGACAUUUUCAGCAUUAACACAAUACCUUGAACAAAAAAUAAACGAAUAUGAUAAAAAAUGCCGAGUGUUAAAAGUGUUGGAAGUGGGUGGUGGCACUGGUGGAUCUACUGUAGGUAUUUUAAAUAUUCUACUCGAUUUUGCUAAUAAAACAAAUAUUCGAAUUGAGUAUACAUUCACUGAUGUAUCGCCGGCUUUUUUCAGUAAAGCACGAGAACUAUUUGCCAACAUUCUUGGUGAGAAAAACAAAAACAACCUUCUAGAGAUUACACACAAACAGCUUGAUAUUGAAAAAUUACCGAACGAUUUGAAACUGGAAUCGUUUGAUAUUAUUUUUGCUGCGCAAGUUAUACAUGCUACAUCAAACAUUGUAAAUUCACUCACGAAUAUUCGAAAAUUACUUGUACCAAGCGGAUUAGUCACAUUAGUCGAAUUAACAAGACCAAUACCGUUUCUUGAUUUAAUUUUUGGCCUGUUACCUCAAUGGUGGGAAUUCGGUUCUGAUGAUCAAAUUCGACAAGACUCAAAACGUGCAAUAAUGACCGUAGAUAAAUGGGCUCAGGCUUUUGAAAUCGUCAACGGAUUCGAAAAUUUUGUUUCGGCUACAUCCAAAUUUGGUACAACAACUAUUGUUGUACAGAAGUCAAAAUCUUUAACACUUUUAGAGCGAGAACAACAAGCAUGGAUUAUAUUCUGUGAUGAAAAACAAAAAAUUGGUGAGAAAAUUGCCGAACAAUUGUUGGCCGAACAUUGUUAUGAUCGGAAGAAAAUAAUUCUUGUUUCUAACAGAAAAAUUGAAAGUCAAUUUCGCAAUAUUCAAAUUAAUAAUAUUAGCGAUGAUAUACGAACUAUUUUUCACGAUAUGAAUGAUGCACAUCAUUCUCUGCUCAAUAUAUUGUUUGCUUGGCCACUAGAUUUGGAAUCAUUAGAUGUCGGUCAACAUUUACAAGCAUUGGGCGAACAAGAAGAAACGCUAUGUUGUGGAUCAUUGAUGCAUAUUCUUCAAGCAUCUCAACAAUAUGGGAAAGAAUUCAGACCACCACAUGUAUUUGUCUUGAGUCAGAAUGCUCAGCCGGUUAUGUGUAACACCAGCAAUUUUGAUCCGGUGCAAUCAUCGAUAAUUGGUUUUACACGGUCUGUUAUGGUAGAAUAUCCACGCCAUUGCCUGGAAUUAAUUGAUAUUUCUUCGUCGAAUGUUGUUCUAAUCAGUGAAGUAGUGAGAGAAAUAUUAUCGUUUAUUUCUUCAUCACCAACUACUCGACAAAACGAGGAAGUUUCACUAUAUCAGAACAUCAAUACUCAUGAAAUUGAACGAUAUGUACCAACGUUGAAAAAACUUAAGAUUCAAAAAGAAGAAAAGGAAAACAUCCACCAAACAAGAACACUUAUUCCCAGUGAUGAUUGUGAGAGUGUAGAAUUUCAGCUGGAUGUACCACAAUCAAGAUUUUUAGCUGAUCUCAAAUGGAAAACGUUGACACCGAAUAGAGUAUCCCUAGGAGAAACACAAAUUGAAGUAAAAAUCCAUAGUGUUGGCAUCAAUUUUCGUGACGUAUUAAAAGCAAGAGGACUUUAUCCACAUAUUAGACAAUUGGGAGUGGAAUAUAUGAAACAAGAUGGGAACGCGAGAGAUGAAGAAAUUGGAUCGGAUUUCUCUGGUACAAUUGUAGGCAGGGGAGCAAAUGUAGAGAAUUCAUUUAAAAUAGGUGAUAAAGUUUUUGGAGUAACAAUCAGUGUUGGUGCAUUCAAGUCAUACAUAGUGGUUGAUCAAACACAGAUAAGUCAUAUACCAUCUAAUUUCACAAUGGAAGAGGCUAGUGGAGUACCAACAGCGUUUCUUACUGUAAUGCUCGCUCUUGAAGAUCGUGCUCGUUUAGCACAAGGUCAGAGUAUUUUAAUUCAUGCGGCAUCGGGCGCAGUUGGACUAGCCGCGAUACAGUAUUGUCAAAUGAUAGGCGCUAAUGUGAUUUGUACAGCUGGUACAGAAGACAAACGAACAUUUUUAAAAGAAAAAUGUGGCGUAACAUAUGUGUUUAAUAGUCGUGAUUUGUCAUUUGCAUCGAAUGUUCGUCGAAUAAUUCCGAAUGGUGUAGACGUUGUACUGAAUUCACUGGCGGGUGUUCUACUUCAAGAAUCUAUCAAAUUGCUGGCACCACAUGGACAUUUUAUUGAAAUUGGAAAACGAGAUGUCUAUUCCAGUUCAAAAAUAUCUCUCUUCGAGCUGAAAUCAGAUUGCAGUUUUCAUGUACUGGAUUUGGUAACAUAUCAACAAAGUUGCUCGCAAAAAAUUAAUCAUAUGCUAAAAAAGCUCGUAGAAAAGUUUGAAACAGGCACACUGAAACCGAUAUCACCACUAACAAUAUUUGAAGCAUCACAAGUGAAGGAUGCUUUUGCCAUUUAUAAUCAAACAAUAAAUAUGGGAAAAUUAAUAGUAAGAAUUACCAGUUCAACGAAAGAAUUAAAUAUAGAAAAACAAGAUGAAACAAUCAAAGAAGGUACGUAUAGUAACCAAAGAAUUAACAUAACAAUGAUAUAG